CCGUCUUUCCUUAACACAACCAUUCUCACCUUUUCCAGGUUGGUGACUCCUUAUUCGAAGGCACUCCACCACUCCAGAGAGGUACAUGUCUGAAGAGACGAAGAAAAGACUGUCAUGAAAAGACAGCCAGGUUUACAUCUUUCCGUAAUAUCCACAGCUUCAGUAAAACAUGAAGGUGUCUUCCUUGGUUAAACAUCACCUUUAAAAGGAAACAUGGAUCCCAUAAACUCAACUGACCAAAAUUACACAUCAGAAGAACUAUUUAAAACAGUGACAUCAAAGAUUCUUGUUUCAUUUACUCUUUCUGUGCUGGCAUUAAUGACAACGGCCAUCAAUUGUCUAGUGAUGACUGCAAUAAUUGUGACAAAAAAGCUCCAUCACCCUGCCAACUAUUUAAUCUGUUCCCUUGCAGUGACUGAUUUUCUAGUUGCAAUCCUAGUGAUGCCCUUCAGCAUUGUGUAUAUUGUGAAGGAGACUUGGAUCAUGGGACAAAUAAUGUGUGACGUUUGGCUGAGCGUUGACAUUAUGUGCUGUACCUGUUCUAUCUUGCAUCUCUCUGCUAUUGCUUUGGAUCGGUACCGAGCAAUCACAGAUGCUGUGGAGUAUGCCAGGAAAAGAACACCAAAACAUGCAGGCAUCAUGAUUGCAGUGGUAUGGAUCAUAUCGAUUUUUAUCUCCAUGCCUCCUUUGUUCUGGCGACACCAGACAACCAGCAAGGAUGAUGAAUGCAUCAUCAAACACGACCACAUAGCUUUCACUAUUUACUGCACAUUUGGAGCCUUUUACAUCCCACUAGCAUUGAUUCUGAUCCUUUAUUAUAAAAUCUACAAAGCAGCAAAGACAUUUCACAGAAGGAGCGUAAGCCGCAUUGUAAGAGAGGAAGUAAAUGGACAAGUCCUCUUGGAACCGAGUGAGAGAAGCACCAAAUUGGCUUUGACACACUGCACAACAGAUAAAACAUCUGAUCCCUCAGCAGACUUGGAUAAAAUCCAUAUCACAUUGCGAAGCCCUAAGUCAGAGUCCAAGCAAGAGAAAACCUGGAAAAAACAAAGAAUCUCUAGCACGAGAGAACGAAAGGCAGCAACUACCCUGGGCUUGAUUUUGGGCGCAUUUGUGAUUUGCUGGCUGCCAUUUUUUGUAAAGGAAGUUGUUGUUAACACCUGUGCAAGAUGUCACAUUUCAGAAGAAAUGUCCAAUUUCCUCACAUGGCUGGGAUACAUCAAUUCUCUAAUUAACCCACUAAUCUAUACAAUCUUUAAUGAAGACUUCAAGAAAGCAUUUCAGAAGCUUGUGCAAUGCAAGCAAUGACAGAGUAUUUGUUCUUAUAAUACUGAACCUGAAAAGUGAUUUUUUUUAAAUAUAUAUAAUUUAUAAGACUUCUAAAAAGAGACAUUUGUUGCAUUUAGGAAAGACAUACACAUACCCUUGUAUUAGUUGCACCUUGCUGUGCAAGUUGUAAAGAGACAGAUUCUCUGCGGUCAAUGUUGUGCUGGAAAAGCAGAGGUUCCAUACGCAGUAUGGCUCCAAUCCUGUAUAGAGAGACUUAUGCAGACUUAGCUUUAAGCACACAAGUAGUCUUAGUAAACACUUAUAUGCUUAAAAUUGAGCUCAUUCAUAAAUCUUUGCGGGAUCGGGGCCUGAAAUUUCACUCGCCGAUCAUACUACAAGGCUAAAUGCUGCCUUGCUUUGCUUAGGCAAAACUUACCGCUAUCAAUGGAUGUUUCAAUCACUAAAACACAGCCAGGAUUUGAUCCAUAAAGCAUUUGUGAAAAGGGAGCAGAUAUCUUUUCAUUAAGGGCUCAAUCAUACCAUUUAGGCACAGGCCUGCAAUGGGGGAAGUGGGGAGCCACCCUAUCCCACUCUAGGCAGAAGGCACACUUAGGAUGUGCAGCAUACUACCAGAGUCUGCUGGGGUGCAGUUAUCGCCCUGCCUCUUCUACUCCGUUUGGGAUGAAGUGUACCUCUGGGGCACACAUUGCGGGACUGUGCAGUACAGCAGGCUCUCCAACUGUGGCAGAGCCUGGGCAAAGUAGUCCAUUGAGAACAAGCGUUGUGUGUCCUCUGUGGUCUCUCACACCCACACAGAGGAUGGUCACAAUCUUGACCUAGAUGAGAUGAAUAAACAGCCAGAGCUCCUAGGAGGAGGUGAGUACAGUUCAUUGUUUAAAUGGUGACAAGUAGCAGCUGCUGAAGAUUCUCUAAAGUGUCAGAUUCCAGCUGGCCAAGGUCGGGGUGGGGGGUGCAAGUGAUGGGGAAGAUGUAAAAUGCCUCCCUGCUUGUGCCUCCUUCCCCAGUGACCUCAUAUGACAGGCACAAGCACAGUUCUUAUACUCCCCUGCUGACAAGGGCUGCUCCCUGCUACCACCUCUUAGGGCUCCAGCCAUCUCAAAGUGGGUGGGGCUACAGCCCUAGACCAAGAAUGCUGAAACAAUUUGUAUAACGGGGGUGCUGAGAGCCAUUGAACCCAGCUGUCAGCCCUGUAUAUAAUGGAAUCUACUUCAAGCCCAGAGGUCCAGCAGCAUCCCUAGCACCCCUAGUUCCAGCACCUAUGGGUAUGCAGGGAAAUGUUUGCUACCACCACUGAAAGACUGUUGGUUGCACUCCCCAAUGCAGGUCUGUGGCUAAAAGCCACAACAGAGCCCCUUGUUAGUUUGCUUGAAAAACCUCAGACCAGUGGUUCAUAACCUUUCAGGACUAAAUAUACUAGUUUGUCAGGCUAAGCCAUUGGCUUUAUCAGCCUGUGUUCACUGCCUACCAUAUUCAACUGUGUCUUCUAACGACCAUUGGAACUUGGGCUACUCCUAAUGUCAAAGUCAGAGUGCAAGCAGCAGCAGUGCGGUUCCUAGCUAACAUAGGAUGUGGUAGUUUAGAGUACCUGCUACAAAAGCCUGAAGUACAAUACUUGGUACCCAUACCCUUGGUUGGAAGAACCUUUGCUUCUAUAAAGCAUUGGUCAUCUUAAAAUUAAAGAGACACAUUGCACUCAGAAUAAUAGACAAAAAAUCCUGUGUGUAACCAAAGGAAAGCAGUGUUGUUUUUCAUGUAUCCUGAACUCUAGAAUUAACAGCUUUUUGUAUUUUGUCAGCUAGUUACCAGCUGAGCCAGCAACAACAUAAAAAAGGCAUUUCUUGCAAAACAACUAUUGGAUUCAAGGUCUGUUGUGUUUAGCUUAUGUUUCUGCCACUUUGAAUUUAUUGCCGAUGUUCUGCUUUCACACCAAGAUUUGACUGAGAGGAUACUCAGAUGUGUCA